UGCAGCAGAAAAGCUUACAAUAAUUGCAGAUGCCAAGGCUCUUAGUUGCCGUGCAGCUGCUCGCAAACAUGGUGUUGACCACUCAAUGGUUUCACGUUGGAUUAAUAAUGAAGAAAAAAUAAAAAAUGCACCUAAAAAGAAUAAAAGCAUAGGUUCUGGAAAAAAAUCUCAAUAUCCCAAAGUUGAAAAAAUAUUAAAGCAAUGGAUAUUGGAACAUCGUCAGAAUGCUGUUGCAGCAACUUGUGAUAUUAUAAAAAUGCACAUGUUAACAUUAUUAUCAAAUGAUUUUGCAGAAACUUAUCCUGGUGCGGACAGUAAAUUUCAUGCUACUGAUAUGUGGCUUUUUCAAUUUAUGAAAAGAAAUAAUUUUGCUCUUCGACGUAAAACAAAAAUUUCUCAAAAACUUCCAGAAGAUCUUGCAGAUAAGAUCAUUAGUUUUCAAAAAUUUAUUAUAAAUCAUCGAAAUUUAUACAACUAUAAUCUUUCCCAUAUAGGAAACAUGGACGAAACUCCAAUAUUUUUUGAUAUGGUACAAAAUCAAACAAUAGACACCCGUAGAUCCAAAACUGUAAAUGUACGUACAACCAGCAACGAAAAAAAUCGAUUUACAUGUGUACUUACAAUACUUGCUGAUGGUACAAAAUUGGCUCCCUUUGUAAUAUUUAAAGGACAAUGCCUUCCAAAAAAUCUUCCUGAUGGUAUCGUUGUAAUAAUGCAUUCAAAAGGAUGGAUGGAUGAAGCAGGAAUGAAUGUAUGGUUUGAAAAAAUAUGGUCAAAAAGACCAGGUGGUUUAGCUUAUAAAAAAGAGAGAGCAUUGUUAGUAUUAUAUAGUUUUGAAGGACAUAAGACCGAAAAUGUAAAAAAAAAAGCUAGAGAAGAAAAUACUGAUCUUUGUGUUAUUCCUGGUGAACUUACUUCAACAGUUCAGCCGUUAGAUGUAUGUAUCAAUAAACCUUUUAAAGAUAGACUUCGUAAGAAAUGGGAUAAUUGGAUGAUACAGGGCAAUUAUAAUUUUACAAAAUUGGGAAAUAUAAAAAAACCUGGAUACAAUACUAUGUGUGAGUGGAUAAUCGAGGCCUGGAAUGAUAUUCCUUCUGAAAUGGUUUCAAAAUCUUUUAAAAAAUGUGGUAUUUCUAAUGCAAUGGAUGGAACUGAGGAUGAUUUAAUUUGGGAGGAAAAUAAUGAAAAUAAUAAUAACGAUGAAUCAGCAGAUGAAGAUCCCGGAAUUUUAGUUGAUGAAUCAUGUGAUGACUAA